AUGUGGGUCUUCUACCUGAUAUCGCUGCCCCUGACGCUGGGCAUGGUCGUCGUCACGCUGCGCUACUUCGCCGGCCCGGGCGUGCCACGCUACGUCCAAGCCACCGUCGGCUACGCCUGGUUCUGCUCCCUCUUCGUCAUCAUCCCCGUCCCCGCCGACAUCUGGACGAGAUUAACUGGCUUUGAUGAAGGUGGGAUUGAUUUCUUCUGGAGCUGGUCUUAUUGGAGUACAUUUAUCCGAACAUGGGUUGUAGUUCCUACUAUUCAAGGCUAUGAAGAUGUUGGAGAUUUCACUGUUAGGGAAAGGCUAAAAACUAGUAUUCACAUGAACCUGCCCUUUUAUUCAAUUGUGGGAGCUAUGGGCCUCUUUGGACUCAUACUGCUUUUAGUCAUGCAUAGAGCUUGGUAUGGGGGGUCUGGUGGGGUUUUAAUGGCUUGCUCAAAUACCUUUGGACUGGUGACCGGUGCUUUUCUUCUUGGUUUUGGAUUGAGUGAAAUUCCAAGAAACAUCUGGAAAAACGCAGACUCGACUCACCGCCAAAAAGUACUUUCUUAUAGAGUUGCCAAGAUGGCUGUAAAGCUUGAUAAUGCUCAUCAAGAGUAUUCAAAUUCAAUUGUUGUUGCUGAAGCCACUUCAAAUCAAAUGUCAAAGCGUGAUCUCUUAAGACCUUAUAUGGAUAUUAUUGACCGAAUGGUUGCUCAAAUGCUGCAGGAUGAUCCAUCUUUCAAGCCUUCUGGUCGCAGAUUAGGUGAAAAUGCUAUGGACUAUGAUAAAGAUGAUAAAACAAUGGCCAAUCUCCGACGUCAACUUAGGAUGGCUCAUGAGGAGUACUAUCGGUGUAAAAUAUAUGGAGGAGAUGAUGAUGGAGGUGUUUGUGAAUGCCGCAUCAUGGCAGAGAGGAUGGAGAAGGGGCAGCUCGUGAGGUGCAGGGAGGCGCCGGCGGCCGACGGCAGCGCAAGGGGCUCCUCCAGCGCCGACCGGCUAUCAUGGGGGAGCGCCGCCCCUCAGGCCCCUUUCUCCAUGGAUUCUUGGUUCUGUAGAUGA